AUGGCACAUGAGAAACAAGACCUGCAUUUGCAUUUUAUGGUCUAUAGUGUAAGUUUCCAACAGCACUCUCAUGUGAUAAGUGUCAUGAACGAGUAUCUCAGUGCAAAACUAAUUGGGUUGAAACUCUCGUUGUCUCUGCAGGACUGUGAGGUUCACAAACAGAUUGAGAGGGAGGUCAGGAUCAGAGAAGGGGCUUGUAAGCUGUUAGCGGCAUGUUCUCAGAAAGAUCAGGGUCUGGAGGCCUCCAAGACCCUCCUCACCUCUAACAGCCGCAUACUGGCACUUAUGAGCCAGCUGCACCGCAUGAAGGAAGCCCAGGCCAUGCAGAAAGCUGGACACAGGUCAUUUGAUGGUGGGUCUCUUGGUGAGAGAUUACCUUGCACAGGGAAAUUAGCCAUUUCAGAUAUCAGCAUUCCUCUUAUGUGGAAAGACUCUGAAUACUUCAAAAACAAAGGAGAGCUGCACCAGUGUGCUGUGUUCUGUUUGCUGCAGGUGGGGACAGAGAUACAUGACACAAAUCUCGUAAUUGUGGACAGAAUGCUCACAGACAUUUGUUUCGAUGACACAGUGAUAUUCUCUGAUGUUCCUCCAGGCUUUGACCUGCGGGUGGCGCUGUACAGCUGCCGUGUGGAGGAGGAUCUCAGUAUGGGCUUCUCCUCCUGGAGGCUGAGCCGGCUUGGAAGCUCUGUUACACGCGCAUCCAGUAAGAAAUUCAAGGCAACUCUUGAGACGGCAACUUCCUGCAGUUCCCACAGCAGCGGGGCAGGAUCUGUGGGAGGCGGGUCAUCUGGAGGAGGGUCUCCGGUCCUUCUACCUGCCAUUUCUGUGCAGGGCCCUAAAUAUCAGCUCCUGGCCCAUACAUCACUGACCCUGUGCCAUGUACAAAACUCUUUCCGAACCCAUGACCUGACCAUAUCUGGCACAGAGGACUCCUCUUUCUGGUUGCCACUAUAUGGUAAUAUGUGCUGUCGACUCGUUGCCCAGCCUCUCUGUAUGACUCAAGAGGUCAUGAGUGGACAACUCAGAGUUCGGCAAUCAGAGGACAAUCCAGAGGACUGGAGAGAUGUCUAUGGUGUCCUGAAAGGGACUGAUUUAAAGUGUUAUCAACAGGAAAACGAUACUGAAUCUUUAGAGAAACCAUUGUUCACUAUUCCAAUUAAUAAGGACGCUCGUGUGCAUGCCACAGACAGAGAUCCGACAUUAAAUGCGCAAAGUAUCUCUAUAAUUUACCAGUCUGCUGAUGAGACUACAUACACACUUCUCAUGCAAAUGUCUCAAGACACACACAGCUGGAUGGAAGCGUUCUGGCAGCAUUUCUAUGACAUGAGCCAGUGGAAACAGUGUUGUGAUGAGCUCAUGAACAUUGCGGAGCCGUUUCCACGGAAACUAGUAGUGGCGACAGUGAAACAGGGCUCUUUGUAUCAUGAAAUGUGUAAGAGCAUUGUGAGAUGA